GUGGGGGGUCAGGAUGAGUUUCCUUGUGAGCGAUGCAUCGAGCGACGACAGCCAGGGCAGCCCGGUGGAGAGCUAUAUGUUCGGCUGUGAGCUGUCAUCGAAGACCACCUAUUAUACCUUCCAGGUAGACGAGGAGGACGACUGCGAACACAACCUGUCCUUGUGCUCUAUCAGCCUCGGUGAGGGAGUCAGAGAUGAAUACAACGUUGUGGAAGUGACGGCCCGCAAUCACAUCAAUGAGGACAUCUCCGUGCCCAUCGCCACUCUGAAGCUCUCCUGUCAGACAAUGGUGAAUUUGGACAACUUUGUCAUCCAGCCACCAGUGACUUUUCGCCUGAAGUCUGGCUCAGGACCGGUCCUUCUGUCUGGACAAGUUAUCGUUGUACCACCGUACAUGGAUUCUGAGGAAGAGGAGGAGGAAGAUGAUGAAGAUGACUCGGAUGAUGAGGAAGAGAAGGAGGAUUUAGUUCCCAUCAAACCAGCCAACAAGAAACUGAGGAAAUGAUUACCUGUUGUCUUUGUAGUCUGACCUAUAUUGGGAUCGAUUGACUAAAGGAGUAGAG